UCAAAAACACCAGCUCUCUCAGGAAAAACCCAAUCCCGUCUUAAAAAUGACCACCAGCCGCCGCCACCUUCACCACCUUCUACAACACCUGGAGCGACCAACUCCACCAUCUCCUGAGGCAGCUCUGCUCGGCUCCCAAACCACCCACCAUGCAAGACCACCUUCACCACUUGAACCACCUUGUCACCAAGCUCCUCUCCCACUACUCAGAGUACUACAGAGUCAAAGCUGCCGCCGCCGAACGCGAUGUGUUCGACAUUUUCGCCGCUCCUUGGGCCUCCUCUUUGGAGAAGAGCCUCCACUGGAUUGCUGGGUGGAGGCCAACCAUUUUCCAUUUGGUUUACACUGAGUCUAGUAUUUUGUUUGAAUCCCGCAUCGUUGAUAUUCUUCGUGGGGUUCGAACCGGUGACCUCGGUGACCUCUCUCCUAGCCAGUUCAGGCGAGUGAGUGAAUUACAAUGCGAGACAGUGAAGGAAGAGAAUGCUAUUACUGAUGAAUUAUCUGAGUGGCAGCACAGUGUAAGCGAUCUUGUGGGCUCAUUCACUAAUGUUGAACAAAUGAUCGGACGGCUAGUAAGCAUUGUUCAGAAGGCUGAUGAUCUGCGGCUAAGAACUCUGAAGAGAGUGGUGGACUUGCUGACCCCACAGCAAGCAGUGGAGUUCUUGAUUGCUGCGGCGGAGUUGCAGUUUGGGAUCAGAGAGUGGGGGUUGAAUCAGGAUCGCCAGGUGUAGUUUUUGGCGGUGUUGAUUGAUUUAGGAUCGGACGGUGAUUAGAGUUUGAUUGAUGGUAAAUGAGCAGUGUGCAUGUUUUUUCACGUUUAGGUGUAUUUUUCUUUUUUUCUUUUUUUGAGGAUUUGGAUUUUGUAUUAUAAAACUUUAGGGGUGUUUGGGUGGCGUUUCAAGGCCGUCGUUUCGAUAAAGGGGGCAGUCGUUCGUUGUUGUUGGCACCGUCGUUUCUUAGCUUUGUGCAACAGAGUGCCAACUGCCAAGUUAAGUUUUGGGGCACAAUGACAUAUGCAUACGUGUCUCCCUGCUGA